GAACAGAAAACAAAUUUCAAAACUUCCCGCCGUCGAUCUCCCCCCUCUCACCCCCGCUAAAAACCAUUUUUUCAUACUCCCAUCCCAUUUCUUCCUCAACACACCAUACCAUUCGCCAUUGCAAAUGGAGACCUCCAAAACUCGAUCCACUUUCCAUACCAUCACUUCCAGAGAGCUCAACGGCUUCAGAGUAAGGAAACGACCGUGUUUUGCCGACGACUCGUCUCAAUUUAGUCGAAUCGGAGCUUUUGAUUAUGGAGUUGAGGAUGACGUCACUCCUCCCAUGGCUUUAUCCUUUUGCAAGACUAGCAAAAAUGCUCAUAUUCUUGCUGUAACUGGAGAGGAUGGAUAUGUUUGCUUAUACAACACUCGCUUCAAGUUUUCUGAUUCAGCUACCAGUGCAGAAAAUGCAGAGAAAGCUAGAAAAUGCCAGUGGCUUGCUCAUGACAAUGCUAUAUUUGAUGUGUGUUGGAUAAAGGAUGAUACUAAUUUACUAACGGCGUGCGGUGAUCAUAGUAUUAAAGUAUGGGAUUCCCAAGAAAGAAAAUGUCUUCUAGCACUAACGGGACAUACUGGAAGUGUGAAGUCCGUAAGUGCACACCCUUCCAACAAUGAUAUCAUUGUAUCUGGUUCAAGAGACGGUUCUUUUGCUUUGUGGGACUUGAGGUGCGCUAAAUCUACGCGAGCACACUCAAAUACUCUACCAAUAGCAACUGUUCAAGGGGCUCAUAAGUCAUCGAGUGUUAAAACAAGGGGUAGGCAUAACAAGGCUGCUUCAAUGAGUGUUACAUCGGUUUUAUAUAUGAAGGAUGAGGUUUCCAUUGCUACUGCUGGAGCAGUUGACAGUGUUAUAAAGUUCUGGGAUACUAGAAGCCUUAAAGCUCCCAUCACUCAGGCUUGUUCGCAAGAUACAUCAUCAAGGAAGUGGGUAAGAUCAUACGGUAUUUCUAGCUUAUCCCAAGAUUUAAACGGAGUAUAUAUUUCAGCUUCAUGUAUGGACAGCAGGAUAUACCUCUUUAAUGUCCUACAACUUGAGAAGGGACCUGUUAAAAGUUUUGAAGGAUCUAAUAUCGGUACUUUUUUUGUAAAGUCAAAACUGAGUCCUGAUGCAGGCCAUAUUGUUGGUGGUUCGAGUGACGGUUUUGCCUACGUAUGGCAGGUAAACAAACCUCAAGCGGAUCCUGUUAAGCUUGAAGGCCAUGAUGGAGAAGUGACUGCUGUCGAUUGGUGUGCACAUGAGGUAGGCAAAAUAGCAACUGCUGCAGAUGAUUCUGUGGUCCAGCUUUGGAACAUCAACAGCAGUUGUUAUUCAAAUACGAGAUCUCCCUCAUCGAUACGAAGGAGAGAACGAACGCUUCCGGUGAUGAAACGUAGAAAGCUUUUUACACAGGAAGAUGAAAAAGAUUCUAACAUAGGACCUGAUCCUGACUCUCCAGUUGAAUUAACGGUCCAGACCGACUCUCCCAAUCUUACAUCGAUACCCGAAAUAAGAACUCCAGCAUCACUCAAAAAACAGUUAUUCAGUCCACAUAUCAGAGACGCUUGUGAGGGAUCCCCUGAUGCUAGUUUUGGCAGCCCGUCUUCUGUGCUAAAUCCGCCACCCUCUAUAAAAAGAAAAACUAUUUUGGAUUAUUUUCUAGCACCGUCAUCAUAGUGUUUGGAUUAUGUAGAAUGUUAACCGGUAUACUAAUGACUACAGUAAGAACCAGUUCUUUAUGAUUGACAUAACGGUGGUUACUGUUGGGUUUUUGAAGAUUA